AGUGGUGACAUAGUAGGGUGGUUGCUUACUUGUUUUAUUCAACUAGACUGGAUCAAGUUGUUACUUCGUAUCAUGCGAGAGUGCAUCAAUGUCCACGUGGGACAAGCGGGAGUUCAAAUUGGAAAUGCGUGCUGGGAGCUCUAUUGCAUUGAGCACGGAAUAGAUCCGAAUGGUCAAAUGCCAGAGGAUAAAACGCCAGGUGUAUGCGAUGGGUACUACAAUUCGUUUUUUAGCGAGACCGGAUCGGGAAAACACGUACCAAGAGCUGUGUUCAUCGAUCUUGAGCCCACUGUGAUUGACGAAGUGCGGACAGGAACCUAUCGGCAGUUGUUCCAUCCAGAACAGUUAAUAAGCGGCAAAGAAGACGCGGCAAACAACUACGCCCGCGGACACUACACCGUCGGACGCGAGUUCAUCGAUGCGGUAACCGACCGGAUACGUAAAAUGACCGAACAGUGUUCCGGCUUGCAAGGAUUCUUUGUGUUCCACUCGUUCGGAGGCGGUACCGGUUCCGGGUUCACUUCGCUUUUGAUGGAGAAGAUUAAUUUGGAGUAUGGGAAGAAGCCGAAGCUGGAAUUCGCUAUCUACCCGGCGCCCACAGUGUCCACCGCAGUGGUUGAACCGUACAAUUCCAUCCUGACCACGCACACUACCUUGGAACAUUCGAAUUGCGCUUUUAUGGUUGAUAAUGAGGCGAUUUAUGAUAUAUGCAAGCGAAAACUUACUAUAUCGCGUCCAUCGUACGCAAAUCUCAACCGCCUCAUCGCUCAGGUGGUCAGUUCGGUCACCGCCUCGCUACGCUUUGAAGGCUCGUUGAACGUAGAUUUGAAUGAAUUUCAAACCAAUUUGGUUCCGUUUCCCCGUAUUCAUUUCCCACUGGCCACUUACGCGCCUGUCAUAUCGGCCGAGAAAGCGCAUCAUGAACAGUUGAGCGUGUCGGAAAUCACACACGCAUGCUUUGAACCCGCAAGUCAGAUGGUGAAGUGCGAUCCUCGGAACGGCAAGUAUGUAGCCUGUUGUCUGUUGUAUCGUGGCGACGUGGUGUCCAAAGAUGCGAUAGAUACUAUCUCGGUGAUCAAGACGAAAGGCUCGAUCCAUUUUGUCGACUGGGCACCAGCCGGCUUUAAACUUGGCAUCAACAGUCAACCCCCAUCGGUGGUACCUGGGGGCGAUCUGGCCAAAGUAAAAAGGGCCUUGUGCAUGCUAAGCAAUAUGACAGCCAUACGUGAGGCUUGGCAACGUUUGAACGACAAAUUUGACCUAAUGUACUCGAAACGUGCGUUUGUACAUUGGUACGUAGGAGAGGGAAUGGAAGAGGGCGAGUUUGUGGAGGCGCGUGAAGAUCUUGCGGCGCUUGAGAAGGAUUACGAAGAGAUUGCCAUGGAGACUCCAGUGGAUGAUGAUGAAGGGAACGAAACAUAUUGAUUUCAAGCUUUGUACUUCUUUGUCAUGCUUACUUACGUAACGUCUUUUUAUACUAUACAGUGAACUAUUCGCUAUGAAAA